AUGAUCCCACUGGGCAUGGGAGAGGCUGUGGAGACCCAGUCAGCCCCAGAACCUGUUCCUCCACCAGAGGUGAGGGACAUCAGAGAGAGGAGGGAGCUGGACCAUAUGCAGAAGCAGCCUCAGGAGUCCACGGUGGCCAUAGGGCCCCAGAACUUUGGGAACCCCUGGCAGGGCUUCAUGAAGUGCUUGCUGGAGGUAGAGGAGGAGGAGGAGGCUACGCAUCAGAGGGCCACCAGGGCCCAGUCCCUGUCACCCCGGAAGCCACUUGGGACUCUGACACCUGUGCCCACCUCAGGCCCUAUUGGCAAUUCAGUCCCAAGCCUGCCUCUGACCCUGGGUCAGACCCUGACCUCAGCCCCUCCUGUGGCCCUGUCCUGGGUCCGGCCACCUACCUCUGGGCCAGGGUCUGCUGCCAUGUGUGUUCCAGUCCCUUCCUCAGUGCCCAGCCCAGUACUGCUAACCCCUGCCCUGAACCUGGCCUGGAGGAGGGCAGAAUUCUUGCAGCAGAGCUGUGACAGAAGCCUGAGCUACGCCAAGACGCGGCAGGAGCAGGAGGAGCGCAGCCUCCUGAAGUUGUAUCAGAAUUGGGAGGAGAGGUCCGAGGAGCACCUCACCCUGAAGCAAGAAGAAGCCUUCCGCAGCUACUUUGAGAUCUUCAAUGGCCCUGGAGAGGUGGAUGCGCGGAGUCUGAAGAGCACCCUACUCCUAGUGGGCAUCUCGCUGACCCCAGCCCAGGUGGAUGAUGCCCUGAUAAGUGCUGAUAUCAACGGAGAUGGUCACGUGGACUUCAAAGACUUCUUGGCCGUGAUGACAGACACCAAGCGCUUCUUCUGCUCUGUGGAACAGAACGCCCUGACAGGCUUGAGUCCUCCGAACCCGCACACUCUGCUCUUUGAGAUCCUGUCCCUGAUGGUGGAGAUGCUGGCCUUACCCGAGGCAGCCUUAGAGGAGAUCACCAACUAUUACCAGAAAAAGCUGAAGGAAGCCACCUGCAAGGCCCGAGAGGUAGAAUCAACCAUAGGCCGCCUACGGUCCCGGAGGAAGCUUCCUUGCAACCCUCAGCAGGUAGCCAACUUUGAAGUCCCAGAACGAAGAUUCCUGAGGAUUCUGAGUCGGCUAAAGCAGCAGAACUAUGCAGCGAACCUGCAAAGCCCCUAUGCCCAGGUACCUUGCAUCCCACUCUGCCCGCAACUGGAUAAGACAGUCCGCCGGAAGCAGGGCAGCCACAAUGUGCUGGGCCAGUGCACUCCCACUAACUUGGGCCCUGACAUUCACAGUUUCUUCUGUCCGACGGGACAAGGAGGCAGGGAACACAGCUCUAACAGCCAAAAGUGGCUCAGCUCCAUGCCAGCUCGAACCCACUGA